AUGAGACGCGCGUUAGUUUUCUCGGGCCAGGGGUCUCACCGUCAGGGUAUGUCAAUGGAGUACCUGCGAGUGCCUGAGGCUGCACGUCUCUGGGAGCGCAUGAAGGGGCGAAUGGAGCAGAAUUAUGGCGUCUCGCUACAGGAGAUCAUCACAGAGAACCCGAAGAAGAUACACACAUAUGAUGAUGCACUUGAUGUGGGUGCGAUUUGUCAACGGAGUUGCCGAGAGGAAUGCAACUCGGCUGAGUCUACCCCGCGGCGAAAGGCGAUAUCACACCCGCAAGGUGUCAUGUCGCUAACGUAUCUAACACAGCCAUGCAUGUUGGCGGCGCACAUGACGGCGCUGGAGUACCUCCGUGUGACACGUGGGUAUGCCGCUGAGACCGCCGCUGUCGUUGCCGGGCACAGCCUCGGAGAGUAUUCGGGGCUAUGCGCGUUGGGUGUCUUUCCUCCUGAGGUUGCCGUCGACCUUGUAUACAAGCGCGGUGUGCUGAUGGAGGAUGCCCUUGAGCAGUUCUCUAUGAACCGCGAAAACUACGUCAUGUACGCCUGUCACCCGGGGAGGGCAAGGUUGCAAGAUGAGGAUCUUGACGUUGCGGUGGAUCGGUUUCAUGUUUUUGUGGAGCUCAUUGCACGAUCUCUUGCCACAACAACAUCAUUCAUAGAAGUUGUGAACUAUAAUAUUGAACACGAACAGUAUGUAGUGGCAGGAGAUCGGGUUGGGCUGUCCGCGCUUGGAAAAUGUCUGGAUCCGCAAUUUCGUGCGAGCAUAUGUGGUCCAUCCGCUAGUCUUGACCACAUUGCUCGCACCGCGGUGGCAUCUGUGUGGCAGGACAAACAGGAUGGGAUCACAAUGCACCCCAACAAGGGACCAGAGCCGGAUUUCGUGACAUCUGCCGUGCGCAAGUACGGCAUACGAUCGACGUUUCGCCGGUUUAUGCGGGGCCCUGACGACGGGUACACGCCGUCGCUGGAGGAGCUGACACACCUGACACUGCAGGAGGAUGGUCGAAGCGGGCUUAAGAAAAAGUCGUGGUUCGUCCCGCUUCCAGUAGAUGUCCCGUUCCACAGUAGCCGUCUUCGUCGGGCGAUGGAUUUAUUUCUGCCGGUUGUGCGCGAUGCUCUGCCGGAGGAAUCUGCACUGCGUUCUGUGUUUGGUCUGCAGGGCGAUUCACAUGGCAAAGCCGGUGGGUCUUCUGCGGCAUCGACCGAAGAAGAGAAUCGACCCAUAUGGUUGACAAACCUCACAGGCACUGCGUUUCGUCCCUUCGACGCCAAUUUCCAGCGUGACGCACUGGAAAUGAUGGAGUCAAUGAACGUGGGUGAGGUGCGGCACCACGGUCGAUACCAGACAGACCUUGUUGCGAAUGCCUUCAAGACUGGUGUGAAGGAAGGAAGCGUGCGUGAAAUGUGUGCUGCCCUUCUGGCCGCUCAGCUGGCGCAUCCAGUGCAGUGGAUCGACUUGAUGGACGCCGCUGUCAUUGGCGCAGGCGUUCGUGAGGUUCACGAAAUUGCACCUGUGAGAACAACAGCCGAUAUGUUUAGGCGCACUCUCUUCCGCGAGGCGGGUAGUCGUGUGGGAACCACAUUGGAUGUGGUAACGCGUUGCCUCCCUGCAGAGGAGCGUUUCCUGUAA